UAGCUAGUUAUUUUUAUUGUUGACUUUUUAUUUAAUUUUAAUAUCCGAAUGUUAGUGAGAAGAAGAAAAUAAUAAUAAUAAUAUCAGUUUACAUAUGCAAUGGACAUAGGUUAUGCUCAUCUUUGGUAGCUCAUUUGAAGGCAUCUUGAGUACACAUAAAAAAAGACCUGCACCGGAAACGUUUUAUAGAAUACGGAAGUUUACAUACUGUCUUGGAAAAUAAGGGUUUUGGAGUAAAAACAAGGCUUGAGAAUCACUAAUAUAACUCCUGCCUUUAUUCUGCAAGACAUGUUUAUUUGUGUGAGAUAUUUAGAAAAAUCACGCUGGUUGAAAAGCAAGUGUUGUCAGAUUACGUUUGCUUUUGGACAAAUUUUUGUGUAAUAAGCUUCUGUGUACGUGAAGAUUUUGUUUCCUUGUGGAUAAUUUUAUUUAAAUUUAUGCUGCCACCUAGUGUACAUUCAUGUUGUUUACACCAAGGAGCUCUAAAAAGACAAAAGCAAAUAUUUCCAACAUCAUAAAACUUCAUUCCUUUGUUUUUUUGCGUGUAUGUAUUGUUAUUUCAUGAGUCAAUCAAUUAACAGGAUAUAAGAAAAAAUAUAUAUUAUGUGUGGUAUUUGAGAGUAGAGUAUGUAUUUAUUUAUUUAUGUUUUUUUGUUUAGUUUUGGUUUUUUUUUAGUUUGUUAGUUAUUUUUAUUUGGAUAAAAAAAAAUCUUAUUCCCAAAAGCAAAUCAAGAUCCGUAAUAUAUGGAGCAUAUCUGCGAGCAGAGUGUUAGGAGGUUUGCUCUCAGAACGUCACUGCGGGAUGCGGCGAGGCGAUUGGUCAGCGGUGGUUGCUAUGACAACAUAUAGACUACAAUUCUAGUCUCACGCUGUUAAUGUUCCGCUGUUGUCAGAUGGUUAGUUUUGGACAUGUCCAAGAAUAAGCAGACAGCUGGACAUAAAGGUGCCUACAAUUCCCAAAGGAAAAAGGAAGGGGAGGGAAGGAGUUGUAUAAAGUACAGAUGUGGCCUGACCAACACCAUACAGGAUGUCCUAAACCAGAGACCAGGUUGGGUAGAAGUGAAAGAUGAUGGCGAGUGGGACUUUAACUGGUGUGAUGUUGGGUGGUUGAGAGAGAACUUCGAUCACUCAUACAUGGAGGAACACGUGCGGAUAUGUCACUUCCGCAACCACUACGAGCUGACCCGUAAGAACCUGAUGGUGAAAAACCUGAAGAGGUAUAGAAAAACUUUAGAGCGGGAGGCUGGGCGUUUAGAGGCGGCCAAAUGUGACUUCUUCCCAUGUACGUUUGUGCUGCCCAGUGAGUAUCACAUCUUUGUGGAAGAGUUUAAGAGAAGCCCAGGGAGCACCUGGAUCAUGAAGCCUGUGGCACGAUCACAAGGAAAAGGAAUUUUUCUGUUUCGAAAACUCAAAGAUAUCAUAGAUUGGAGGAAGGAUGGGACCCGCUCUGAAGAACAGAAAGAUGAGGCUCAAGUUGAGAGCUAUGUCGCUCAGCGCUACAUUGAGAAUCCCUACCUCAUAGCUGGGAGGAAAUUUGACUUGAGAGUCUAUGUUCUUGUAACAUCAUAUAUUCCAUUGAAGGCCUGGCUGUAUCGUGAUGGUUUUGCUCGAUUUUCCAACACCAGGUUCUCUCUCAACAGCAUAGACGAUCAGUACGUUCAUCUCACCAAUGUUGCAGUGCAAAAAACAGCUCCUGAUUAUGAUCCUGAGAAAGGUUGUAAGUGGCAAAUGCAACAGCUACGCUGUUAUCUGACUGCUAAGCAUGGUUUCGAGACAGUGCAGACUCUGUUUAAAGAAGUUGACAACAUAUUUAUUCGCAGCCUGCUUAGUGUUCAGAAGACCAUCAUCAAUGACAAACACUGUUUUGAGUUGUACGGAUAUGAUAUACUUCUGGACCAGGAUUUAAAGCCGUGGCUAAUUGAAGUGAACGCUUCACCCUCCCUCACAGCCAGCAGUCAGGAGGACUAUGACUUAAAAUACAGACUGCUGGAGGACACCUUGCACAUUGUAGACAUGGAGGGCCGUCUGACAGGCAAGGAGAAGAGGGUUGGCGGAUUUGACCUAAUGUGGAACGAUGGACCUGUCUACACGGAUGUUGGUCUAGAGGCUCUGGGUUGUUCAUGCCUCGUGGCAAAUACACACCUUGGCUGUGUGAAUGAUCGCCAGAAACAGCUUCAACAUCUUCUAAAGCCUUUCCCAGGACAGAAGAGAACAUGACAACUUGCAAAUGACAUCUACUGUAAUCAGUGUGAAAAACUGCAUGACAUCCCACUAAUACCCACAAUGCUUAUAAUAUUUACCUAAGGUUUCAGAUGAGUGUCAAUAUGAGUAUUUAAGUACCUAGAAGAUAUAGCAAAGUCACUGAAAAUUUUCAUUCGCAUGCUGAAAAUUGGUCUGUCAUUGUUUACUGAUUUAUAAUGAAAUUAUAAUAACUGUAUAAAUUUCUGGAUUCAAAUAAAUACUGUAGACAGAGGCUCUGAUGAUGUAAUGAAAACUGUUUAUUUUGUAUCUCAUAAAAAUAGCUGCAUUCAACUCUACCAAAAAGUCCCAGCAAAAUAAAAGCACAAUCUGACAAUGAUAGGACAAAAGUAGAUUUUUGCAUGUGUUUUUUUGCCUGAUAAGAGAACUUCACAUUACAUAACAUCCAAAAUGAAAUGGUGCUACAUAUAAUACACCAAGUAUAGAAAUGUGGUACCACGUACUGUAUGGCCUCAACCUGUACCAACUUUCAAGGUCAUAUGCAUUACACAUAUAAAACUCCAAAACUACUACCAUCAUUGUUCCUUAAAAAAAUAAACAAAACAUGCUAUAUUUAGAGACAUGAAGUUCAAUGUAAUCACCUGAAAAGUUCUC